AUGGCUAAGGAGAAUGCAGGGAAUCCCGAUAUGAUCAUAUGCCCUUGUGGAAGUUGUCGAAACCUAUCACAACAACAUUGUGAUACUGUGUUGGAGCACUUAGUCAUGAAAGGGAUGGAUCCUAGAUAUAAGUCAUGGGUUCUUCAUGGGGAACCAUUAAGUGAAUCUAUAGAAGUUCAAGAGAAUGCUGCAAUUCCAGAGACUUAUAGGAUGUUUAGAGAUGUUUAUGUACAAGAUGAUUUUUCGCAACCUACAAAUGAAAGUAGAGAGAGGGAGUUCACACAAGCAUUAGAAGAUGUUGAAACUCCUUUAUAUCCAGGUUGUACAAAGUACACUAAGUUUUCAGCAAUUGUCGCUUUAUACAAGCAAAAAGUUGUGCAUGAGGCAUCUGAUAAGAGUUUUGAUGAACUCUUGAGAAUAGUGUCUGACAUGCUACCAGAAGGUAACACACUUGUGCAAUCUAUAUAUACAACAAAGAAGUUGCUUAAAGCAUUUGAUCUAGGGUAUGACAAAAUACAUGCUUGUGUCAAUGAUUGUUGUUUAUUUAGAAAAGAGUUAGAGCAUAUGGAGACAUACCCAAAAUGCAAUUGUUCACGUUGGAAAGUAGAUAAGCGAACUAAGAAGAUUAAAAAGGGGGUUCCAGCGAAGGUGUUGCGCUAUUUUCCCAUAAUUCCAAGAUUUAGAAGAAUGUUCAGGUCACAAGUAAAAGCAGAACAAUUAACUUGGCAUUCCACUCACAAAAGUCAAGACGGAAAGAUGCGACAUCCAGUUGAUUCAUUGGCAUGGGAUUCAAUUGAUCAAAAGUGGCCCUCCUUUACAUUGGAUCCACGAAACCUUCGACUUGAUCUUGCAACAGAUGGAUUUAAUCCUUUUGCAAAUCUUAGCUCAAGGUAUAGUUGUUGGCCAGUGAUGUUAGCGACUUAUAAUCUUCCUCCAUGGUUAUGCAUGGCAAAAGAAAAUAUAAUGUUGACAUUACUUAUACCGGGACCAAAGCAACCAGGGAAUGACAUAGAUGUGUAUCUGCAACCACUUAUAGAAGACCUACAAGAAUUAUGGAAUAAUGGUGUCGAGGUCUAUGAUGCAGCCAACAAGUCUAUGUUUAAUUUGAAGGCUAUGUUGAUGUGGACAAUAAAUGAUUUUCCAGCUAAUGGGAACUUAGCUGGAUGUGCCACAAAAGGGAAAGUUGCUUGUCCUAUAUGUAGCAUUAACACAUGCUCACAGUGGUUAAAUCACAGUAAGAAGAUAGUGUACAUGGGCCACAGGCGAUUUCUAUCUGCGGAUUAUCCAUUUCUAAUGAAAAGAAGUUGGUUUGAUGGAAAGCAAGAACUUCGGGGGAAUUCUAAACCAUUGAGUGGAUCUGAUGUGUUAGAUGCAAUAAAGGACAUUGAAACUAAUUGGGGAAAGACUACAAAGGAAAGGAAAAGAAAAAGGGACCAGACGAAACAAAAAAAAGACCAAAAAGAGUUCGAUUGCGCAUUGCUUUUACGUCAUAACUUGGAUUUGAUGCACAUCGAGAAAAAUGUUUGUGAAAGCAUUUUAUGUACACUUUUAAAUGUUAAGGGAAAAUCAAAGGAUGGUCUUAAGGCCCGUAAAGAUUUGGCGAAAAUGGGAAUUAGAAGUGAAUUGCAUGCAGAGGAUAAAGGAUCCCAUUUUUACUUGCCACCAGCGUCACAUACACUUUCCAAGGAUGAGAAGAAGAUUUUUUGUUCUAGGCUACAAGAUUUGAAGUUGCCUGAUGGUUAUAGCUCAAAUAUUGCUAAUUGUGUUUCAGUACAAGAAUGCAAGUUAAUUGGACUCAAGUCACAUGAUUGUCACGUCUUGUUUCAACAACUGUUGUCAGUUGCAUUAAGAGGACUUUUGCCAAAAGGACCAAGGAAUGCAAUAUUCCGAUUGUGCUCUUUUUUCAAUCAGUUAUGUCAAAAGGUGAUUGAUAGGAAUAUGAUAGAACAACUUGAAAAUGAUGUUGCCGAGACUUUGUGUAUACUAGAAAGAUUCUUCCCUCCAUCAUUUUUUGAUAUUAUGGUACACUUAACAAUCCACUUAGGCCGAGAAGCUCGCUUAUGUGGACCAGUGCAGUUUCGUUGA